AUGGACAGCCUUGAGCCAGGCAUUUCUCCGCGAUCACGCUUUCAAUCUGCAGAAGAAGCCACAAUGGUCAAGCUCGACUACCUGAACCGCCAUUUUGGUUGGGCCGUUCAACCCAACUCACCAAUGUUUCAGACGUGCCUUUGGGAAGUGUACGGUCGCUUCUCUGAGAAAUACCAUGGCAUUGCUGACGUUGGGAAGGGCUUUGUCGUCACCGGCACGAAUCCGCUUCAAACAGCAGCCCCGGUGAUCCUCAUCUCUGCCUUGCGCUAUCAGAGUUGCCUUGGCCAAAUGCAGAUUGCGAUCAAUCCUCCAGAUGUGACAGGGCAGCCUCCGCCCUCCCUUUACAUUGACCAGAGCGGCGGGCUGCAAGACGUGGAGGUCUGA